AUGUCCAUAUCCGCUUCUUCAGUAGCCACAGAACUCGCCGCUGCAAUCUCCUCAACGAAACGGCUGUGCUCUACCGACAUCUCGCAGCCUCAAUUCGCCACGGCGGUGUGUCGAGAGCACGGCUUGGAGGUCUUUGACAGGAAGCCAGUGCCGAAGCCGGGGCUGGGCAGCGGCAAGCGGAAGAUAUACGAUUUGUUUAUCGUGAACAACGAAUUCGACUGGCUGGAAAUCCACCUCAAUACCACUUACGACUUCGUGGAUUACUUCGUGGUCGCCGAGAGCCCCAGGACAGCAACGGGCCUGGACAAGUCUUUGCUUGUGAGGGACAGCUGGGACAAGCUUAAGCCCUAUCACGACAAGAUCAUCUACCAUAAGCUCGAGGACCCGCCGGUCUUCGACCCGAGACUGUCGUUGGGGGAGGACCUCGAGGGCGUCCAGCGCGACGCCUUGUUCACACGGGUCUUUCCCCGCCUCACCGGCGCCCAGGCACCGACAGAAGGCGACAUCCUGCUCGCGUCGGACGUCGACGAGAUCGUGCGCCCGGAGGCGCUCAUUGUCCUGCGUGCUUGCACGGUACCCCAGCGCCUAACGCUGCGGUGCGCGUCCUACUUCUAUAGCUUUCAGUUUCGACACCGCGAUGUCCACUGGCCCCACCCGCAGGCAACUACGUUUCAAGGAUUCGACGGCACGAUCUUGCCCCGCGAUCUACGAUCCGGUGAGGGUACUAGGUGGAGAUUCCUAGCCUCCCUGCGGCGGUCGCCUGUGGAGGGAGACCUGUGGAAUGCCGGGUGGCACUGCUCGUCAUGCUUCUCAACGGUGGAUGCGCUGCUCAGGGACAUGGACUCGUUGACACAUAUGCGCCUGGAUGACCCUGAGUACCGCGACCGGGAAAGGAUCAUCGAUCGGGUGAGAAAAGGCCAGGACCUUUGGGAUCGCAGGGAAAAGGUCUUUGAUAGGAUUGAGAACAACACAGACGUGCCGGCGUCGUUGUUGGGCGCUGACAGGCGGCGUUGGCGGUAUUUAGUAGAUAGAAAUGGGGAGUCGGCUGGAUUUAUGGAUUUCCCCUGA